GUGCUGCAAGUGACACAGACGUGCAAAGUUGGGCCUCAAAGCAACUGGCAUCACUGGCACCGAGAGUUUCCAGUUUCUGUUGGGACAUCAGGUAGAUUCCAGGUAAAACAAUGGACGGAGAGAACGAAAACGGUCGGCGUGCAAGUACGAGCUCGGAGAAUGGUACUAGUACUGACAGGAGAAAGAGCGAGGACCGGGAGGCUUACGUGGAGAGAAUGCGAAAGUGGUACCUGGAGAUGUGGCACUCAGAGGCAAAGAAAGUCAAACAGCAAGGAGACGAAAUGAAGAUGAUUGAAGACAGCCUCAUAGAUUACUUCACAAUGGUCGCUAAGGCUGGUGUGUCGUGGGGACCUCUGGCGAUUGCAAUGGGAUUGUCAAGCAUCGAUCUUGCCGUCAUCAGAAGGGAUUGCAAAACUAUCGACCAGCAGAUCAAGUGGGUUUUGAUGAAAUGGCGUCACAUCAUGAAGAAGAAAGGCAGGAGCGGAAACGUGGACGCAGACUCAGUCAUCAACUGCCUGGAGAGGAACAAAGCAUACGGAGCUCUGAAGCACCUGAAUGAGAACGUUCUAAAAGAACUCGGGAAGGAGUGGAUAGACACCCGUCCAGCUGAACUGAUUGAGGCACAGGCCUUAACUGAUCUCCACGGGAAGGAAAUUCCUGGCGCAACGUGGAGUCAAGAUGACCCCUCGACCUCAACUGUGGACUCCGAGAUUCCCUCCGAAAGUCGUUAAUGGUAUACGUAUAUGCGAAUGCCAACUAUCUUAACGUCUACUCUUUCACUUAUCUUUACCAUUUAUGAUUCUGUGACCCUUGAUUUCUAGUGGCUUUUGAGCCGUGAGGCUGUGAGCUUCAGUAAAGGGUAUAUGUACAGGAUAUAAGCGAAUUUCUAACGUUAUAGUAACGCAUGUAGACCUCCAUACAAUCUCUUAACGUUAAUGUAUAUGCAAUAGAUCUAGAGUAGAUAUGAAAUAAAAUAUGUCUAUUUUAUACUAUUCUUGUCCGUGGAACAACAUAUCACUUGUAUCAGGGCAUUUCGUAUUUUACCGAUUACUUUUUCAACUUCUUUUUCAACAUACUGAAGUUAUAGAUGUUGUAUUCAAAGUUGUAAUGUAGAUAUUAUUUUCAGAUUAGUAUAUCGAUUACCUUUUGUAAAAAUAUCAUUAUGUCAACGGAAUGUUUACGUAUACUGUAUAAUCUUUUAGUGAAUUUGAUAUAUAUAGGAAUAAUCACAGGUUAACACAAGUUAUACAUUGUUGUAUACUAUUUCACAUGAUACCCUGCGGCAUAAAUACAUACGUUAAAAUUUAUUUUAGAAUUACGUGCAUUAUCUGCAUUACUGAAAAUUGGCAUGACUUGAUAAAUGUUUAAUUCCACUACUAUAUCAAUGGGCAUCUUUAAAUAGUUUUGAUAUAUACAAUAUUCAUUCGUUGUAAAAUUUCGACUUAA